AUGCCAUCCGGAAAGCGCUCCCACAAACUCCAGAGCGGCGACAGCGGUGCCGCGCCCUCGACAACGUCCGCCAAGGCCGGCAAGGCCAACGACGUCUACCCUCCCUACCCAGUUCCCCCCGGCUACAAGCCUCCCGUGCCACGCUCCACCGCGGGGUCGCUGCCCGGCCGUAUUCAGCAACUGCUCGAUGAACGAGAAGGUGACUGGAAGCCUGGUAUGACCCUCGCCCAGUCCAACGCCCAAAUCCGCUUCAAGCUCACGACGGGCGUCGGAAUGGUCAAACAUCUCGAGGGCCCGUCAGUCCCUCUCUUUGCGCCCAAGGGAGAACGUAAGAAGGGCAAGCUCAAACUCCCCCAAGACGUCCUCGACGACAUUGUCGCGCUUCCGGCUGGAACCGUCCUGUCUUGGCUCUUUGUUGGCGACCUCGUCGUCGAGGAUGUUACCCUGCGUGUGUUCAAGGACGGCGCUGCGUGGAAGACCCUCUGCCAACGUGACUUUCCGGACACGUCCGAGCGCUACCGAUCGCCUCGCGAGUCGUUCAACACGCUUGUCUCGCUGCUCGCCACGUACCCAGUCCUGUCCAAGGAGCAAUUUUUUGGAAACUACAAGGACGACGACGACAACCACGACUACAAGAAAUACGGCAACAGGGACGACGGCAAAGAUGAGCGCAAGCGCGAGCGCGAGAACUAG